UAAUCGAGUUGUUGGUGUCCCUUGUCGACAAAAGCGUGUUUCGACCGACAGAGUGCUGAUUCGUUCGCUCGCUUAGCAGUGUGUAACCGGUGUUCUUAAAGAAAAACUACCAUCGAAUAGGCAAAGUACGGAAAUAUGCCUUCCAGCGACCCACUGCCCCCCAAAGAGAGUGCUCUCUUUAGGAAGUUAAUGAAAUGUUACGAAAUGAAGCAGUACAAAAAUGGUCUAAAAUUGGCCAAACAAAUUCUUUCAAAUCCCAAAUAUACUGAACAUGGUGAAACAUUGGCCAUGAAGGGUCUGACACUCAAUGGUCUGGGUCGCCGAGAGGAGGCCUAUAAAUAUGUUCGUCUAGGUUUACGUAAUGACUUGAGAUCUCAUGUUUGUUGGCAUGUCUACGGUCUGUUGCAGCGCAGUGACAAAAAGUACGACGAGGCCAUUAAAUGUUACCGUAAUGCACUGAAAUGGGAAAAGGACAAUUUACAAAUUCUGAAGGAUUUGUCAUUGUUGCAAAUACAAAUGCGUGAUUUGGAAGGCUACAAGGAGACCAGACACCAUUUGUUCAAAUUACGCCCAUCACAGCAUGCCUCGUGGAUUGGUUUUGCGAUGAGUUAUCAUCUGCUGGGUGAUUUGGAAAUGGCCAAUAGUAUAUUGGAUGCCUUCAACCAGUCGCAAACCUCUAUUGAGCCAAACGACUAUCGACACUCCGAACUGUUGUUGUAUCAAAAUCAAAUUCUAGUAGAGGCGGGCAAAUAUCAGGAAGCUUUGGAUCACCUAAUCAAGUACGAAAAUCAAAUGGUAGAUAAAUUGGCCGUUCAAGAAGCCAAGGGUGAUUUGUACAUUAAAAUCGGCCAACACUCUAAGGCUGUGCCCAUCUUUGAGGAGCUUAUCGAUCGCAAUCCCGAAAACACACUUUACUAUAGUCAAUACUUUUUGGCCAAACAAAUUUCGGAUGUCACUGAAAAAUUGAGUGCGUUUAAGAAAUUCCAAGAAACCUACCCUCGGUCCAUGUGUCCCAAACGGUUGCCUUUGGACGUUGCCACAGGUGAUGCUUUCCAAAAUGUUCUAGAUGACUAUCUGAGACGUGGCCUUCGUAAGGGUGUGCCUCCACUGUUUGUUAAUGUUCGCUCAUUGCAUACGCAACCCGAAAAGGUAGCCGUUAUGGAGAAACUUAUCCUGCAGUAUUAUGAAAACUUAACUCGCUCCGGCCACUUUUCACGUGAAGAUGCUGACAAAAACUUGCCCGUUGAACCAGCGUCGGCUGUGGUAUGGACGCUUUUGUUCCUGGCCCAACAUUACGACUAUAAACGUGAAACAGAUAAGGCGCUAGAGUACAUCAAUGCUGCCAUUGAACAUACGCCAACACUGAUAGAACUCUUCAUUACAAAGGGCCGCAUUUACAAACAUGCCGGCGAUCCAGUUGAGGCCUACAUGUGGCUUGAUGAAGCCCAGAGCAUGGAUACGGCUGAUCGCUACAUCAAUUCGAAGUGCGCUAAAUAUAUGCUGCGAGCAAAUUUAAUCAAAGAAGCCGAGGAUAUUUGUGGGAAGUUUACUCGCGAAGGCGUUUCGGCCAUGGAAAAUCUCAAUGAAAUGCAAUGCAUGUGGUUCCAAACAGAAUGUGCGUUGGCCUACCAGCGUAUGGAACGUUGGGGUGAAGCCUUGAAGAAGUGUCACGAGGUCGAUCGUCACUUUGCCGAAAUCAUUGAGGAUCAGUUCGAUUUCCACACUUAUUGCAUGAGAAAAAUGACAAUGCGUGCCUAUGUUGGUCUGUUGCGACUUGAAGAUGUUUUGCGUCGUCAUCCGUUUUACUUUAAGGCAGCCAAAUGUGCCAUUGAAGUUUACAUUCGCCUCUAUGACAAACCUCUAAAGUCUGAGGAAACGAUUGAGGAAAUCGAUACGGAAAAUCUUCCACCAUCGGAAUUGAAGAAACUCCGUAGCAAGCAACGCAAGGCCAAGAAGAAAGCCGAACUCGAAAGUGCACAAGCUGCUCAAGCACAAAUCAAACGCGAACAACAUCAAAAAUCCAAACAACAAGCAAAUCAAGAGGCCGAUCCCGAGGCACCACAACUUGAUGAGUUGAUACCCGAGAAGCUUGAACGCCCCGAAGAUCCAUUGGAGAAGGCCAUUGAGUUUUUGAAACCACUCCAGCAAUUAGCCAAAGAACGCAUUGAAACACAUUUGCUGGCCUUCGAAUUGUACUCGCGCAAGAGUAAAGUCUUACUUAUGAUUCAAUCGAUUAAGCGUGCACUAGCUAUUGAUGCCGGGCAUCCGCAAGUGCACAGUUGCAUAGUGCGCCUCAUGCAAGCACUGCCAACAUUGACAAAAGAUAUAAACGAUGCCGUCAAGACGGUAGUGGAUAAAGCCGUUAAAGAACUGAUAGGUACUAAGAGUGCUCAACAAUUGAACGAUGAGUUCAUUGCAAAGCACAGCUCUUCCAUAAUGCAUUUAUACGAAGCUGCGCGUAUCAUGUAUGAAUUGGAUGCUGGAAAGCAAGAAGCGGCCAUUAAGUUGAUUACCUCAUAUGAUGUAGCUAAACUUAAGUUGGAGGACGCCACAAAGAUAUUCGAAUCGCUGCGCGAUGGUAUCUUUGGCACUUGUGAAGAUGCAGUUAAAAACUACAAAGAAACCUGUCAUAAACAUUUUAAGUACGCCCGUCUAUUUCGUGAUAAUGUAGAAGAAGAAACAACAGCAACAGAAAAAACCACCGAAGAGGGUUCAGAUGCCGGUAAUCAUGUCGAGAAAGCUACUGCUGAUUUGUAAUGCAGUGGCCAUCGCCUCACAACAAUUGCCUGGCUUAUCCGCAACAAUAACAACUACUAUUAGAGAACUACACAAGAUUAUGAUGGUGAUGAUGAAGAAGAACCGCAACAUCAAAACUUUAUUAAUUUUUAAUGUUAACAAAUAAAUCAAUAAAACCCUACAGCAACUACUUGACUGGACAAACAAUUUUAACACCAAAUAAAACAACAGCUACAAAAUGAA